CUAUUGGGGUGUCAGUGGUGACCGAGGGGCACUUGGGGGGCAGUUGUAGCUGAAGGGAGGCAGUUUGUGGGGUACUUAGGGGCUGGGGGAGCAGUUGUACCCCCCCAGACCAUGCAACGAAGGUGCCACCAAGGCCUCAGCACUGCGGGGGGUGCAGGACAGGGACUGGAACCGGCCCCCCGCCUCGCCAGCGACUCGGAGGAUGACGAGCUGCCUCGGCGCCCUGCUCUCGGAGACACUAUCUCACCCCGAAUCGUGCCAGAGAGUGACCCAGAGGAGCCAGAUGUGUGCCCAGAUGUUCGGGGCCCCCGAAAACGCCGCCACACCCCCACAUCAGGGCAGCACCUGGAUGUGGCCAUACCCUGCUCAGCUCCAGACGUCAGGCGAUCCAAAAAGUGCCGUUACAGCCCCAAAACCACCACAGAUCCAGAUGUGGGAAGAAAAAUGGCUGUUUCAAAUGUUCGACACCGAAAUCACUCUCUGAACCCCAAAAAGGUCGCGGAUCCAGAUGUGAAACAUCUGGAAGGCAGCAAGCCGACUCUCGACAUUGAGAGUGAUACAGAUGUCAAGGUGCCCCCCAAAACUGCUCUUUUUCACCCAAACUGCCACCCGGCUCCCCUGGAGGUGAGCAGUAACCCAGAUGUGGAGGAAGGGGUCCAAAAUCCAGAUGUUGGAGGUGCUAAAAAUGGAUUUGGGAUGCUUGUGGUGGACAGUGACACAGAUGUGGAGGAGGUUGAGGUCCUUCCAAAUGUUGUUUGCCCAAAAAUACGUAGAAUGGACAAAAAAACCCUGAGUGUGGAGAUGGAGCCCCCAAAUCCAGAUGUUGGAGGUCCCAAAAAUGGAUGCUGGACACUUGUGGAGAGCAAUACAGAUGUGGAGAUGGAGAGCUCAAACUCUGUUGAAGGGCCCAGAAAUAGACAUCAGAUGCUCACGGUCGAUAGUGAUACAGAUGUGGAGGAGAAUGGAGCCAAUCCAGACAUUGGAUGCCCCCAAACCCAUCAAACAACCCAAAAUGUACCAAAAACCAGAAAUAUUGAGAUGGAGACCCACAGUGCAGACAUCGAAGGUUCACAGAAGGGGCAUCAGAUGCUCACGGUGGACAGCGAUACAGAUGUGGAGGAGAAUGGAGCCAACCCAGAUGUUGGAUACCCUAAAACCCAUCAAACAACCCAAAACUUAGCAAAAAACCCAAUUAUUGAGAUGCAAAAUGCAGAUGUUGAAGGUUCACAGAAGGGUCAUGGGAUGCUCACGGUGGACAGUGAUACAGAUGUGGAGGAGGACACUUCCAAUAGAGAUGUGCACCCAGAAAGCCACCGAACAGCCCCCAGAGACCCAGAUGUGAAGACAGAGACCACGAAUCGAGAUGUUGAAGGACAACAGACUCUCCUGGUGGAAAGUGAUACAGAUGUUGAAGAGGACACUUCCAAUCCAGAUAUUGGGGCUUCAAAAACCCAUCAAGUAACCCAAAAUGUGCCAAGAAACCCAGAUGUGGAGACGAAGAGUCCAAAUCCAUGUGCCAAAGGACCCCAAAACCAACACUGGACACUUGCAGUGGACAGUGAUACAGAUGUGGAGGAAAAUGAGGUGAAUCCAAGUGUUGGGUGUCCAAAAACCCAUAGAAUUACUCCCAAAACCUGCAGAGACCCAGAUGUGGAGAGGAGGAACCCAAAUCCACAUGCUGAAGAACUCCCAAAUGAGCAUUGGAACGUAGAGGUGGACAGUGACACAGAUGUGGAAGAUGACAACCUAAGUCAAGCUAUUUUUCACCCAAAAAGCCACAAAACACCCCAAAACACCCGGAAAGACCCAACUGUGGUGAUGGAGACCCCAAAUCCAGAUGUUGGUGGCCUCAGCCAUGGCUCAGCGGCCCCCAAUGGUGACAGCGAUACAGAUGUGGAGGACCUCAGCGCCAUUCCCAACAUUGGAGCUCCAAAAACGCACGGGACAACCCAUGAAGUCAUGGAUACAGUUGCUAAGAUGGCUGCUGCUCCAGAUGUUGACCCCAGGGGGCCAACACGGACCAGUGACGAUCCAGAUGUGAAGAUGUCAUUCCCAGCUCCAGAUGUUGGAGCCCCCAAAGCCGAGUGCCCUGUCCUGAAUGUGGACAGUGAUACAGAUGUUGAGGACAACGGCAUCAUUCCAGAUGUUGGGACAGUGCAAGGGUGUCAAGGGGCAUCUGGCGACCCAGAUGUGGCAAUGACGUCCCCAAAUCCAGAUGUUUCCUCUCCCAUGAGACCUGGGGAUGGUAGCGACACCGACAUGGAGGAGGUGGCUCCCACUCCAGAUGUUCGGAGCCGAAUCCAGACCCGAAUCCGGACCCAAAAUCGGCCCCAUCCAGAAAUAGAGGACCCCACCACGGGCAGCAAUACCGCUGUGGAGGAGACAGACCCAAAACAACAGAAAUCAUCCCCAAAACAGCAAAGUUUGUCCCCAAAACCACACGGUGCCACAAGCAUGGAAGGAGUGGUCUCAAAACACCACACUUCAGCCCCAAAUACAGAUGAGAACCCCCCGAAUCAAGAUGUUGGGGUGCAGCAAGACAACGGGGAGACCCUGGUGAGGGGUGAGGAUCCAGUUGUGCUGCCAGAUGUUUCAACCCCCAAAUCUCUGCAUCUGUCUGCAAAUUUGGAUGUCACCGGCGGUGCUGAUGGUGGGCCCAGCAGUACUGAGGCCAUCUCCGGCGGGGACACAGGUGGGGACACGAGUGCGAUGGUGACAGAGAGCGACAUCGACGAAGACCCUGACCUCUUCUUGGAGCCCACCCAGAGCUUCUUGCCACCAGUGGCCGAGGGCGCAGCCCCAGACUGGGACCCCGAGGAGCCCACCCAGCCCUUCUUCCUCCCCGAGGAGGAGGAGCAUUCACCCCCGGUGCCCCCCCAGGACCCCCCGGGUCCCUGCGUCCCCCCGAUGGUGACGGUGACGCCGGGACGGGAGGGACCUCGCCGCAGCCAGCGCCUGGCCAGGACCCAAGGGGGCGGAGCUACAGAGGGCGGAGCCUCUGGCAGGGGCGGAGCCAGCAGGGUUAGAGGUGGAGCACCCCCUGUCCCCGCCCCCGUGCGGCGCAGCCCCCGCCUCCAGACCCGCCCCGCUCCGCCCGAGCCACCAACCGUGAAGGGGCAGGUGGUGCCCCGCCCCCCAUGGAAACCACGCCCCCAUCGGGCAGGCCACGCCCCCUCCAAGAGGCAAGCUCAGCAGGAGGAGGAGGAGCCAGCAGAGGUCAUGGGACCCCAGCUCCGCCCCCGGGGGGGCCCCAGCUCCACCCCCCUCAAGGUGCUGUUCACGGGGGUGGUGGCCUCCCCAGCCAUGGAGGUGGCCCUGAAGACGCUGGGGGGGUCCAUGGCCACCUCCGUCUUCGACUGUACCCACCUGGUGACCGACCGCAUCCGACGCACCGUCAAGUUCCUCUGCGCGGUGGCCCGCGGCGUCCCCAUCAUCACCCCAGAGUGGCUCCACGAGAGUGCCCGCAGUGGCCGUGUCCUGGCGCCGGGUCCCUUCCUGGUGCGUGACAGCCAGCAGGAACGUCACUUCGGCUUCAGCCUGGCCCAGGCCCUGCGCCGCGCCCGACGCCACCCCCUGCUCCAGGGCUACGAGGUCCACGUCACCCCCAACGUCCGUCCUGAGCCCGAGCACAUGAGGGACAUCGUCACCUGCAGCGGUGGCACCUUCCUGCCCACCAUGCCCCACACCUACGGGCCGCGGCGGUUGGUGAUCUCGUGCCAGGCGGACGCGGGGUGCUGGGCCCCGGCGCUGGGCGCCCGCCUGCCCUUGGCCUCGGCCGAGCUGCUGCUGACGGGGCUCCUGCGGCAGCAGCUCCAGCUCCAGCCCUUCCUCCUCCUCCCCAGCGCCACCCCCCCCGCGACCCCCCCAAACUCCCCUGGGACCCCCCAAGGGACCCCCCCAGGGCUUUCCCUUCGUCGCCCUCGCGAGGAUUCCCGGGAAGCCCCGGGAAAUCCUGGAUCCUGCCGGGGGCUGGCGGAGCUGCCGGGCCGAGGCCGGAGCCGCCGACACCCCCGGGACCCCCCAAGGGACCCCCCAAGGGACCCCCCCGGCACCCGGCGGCGGCCGGCAGCCCCCCCCGCCCGCUAAUAAAGAGGUUUUUUG